CGUUUGCACGUUGCUGGGCUGUAAAUGUAUGCGUGAUGAGUCGGGUCGAUCUGUCAUACUGGGCUUGCAGUUCGGUUAUUUUGCGUGCCCUCAGCUCAGACUUCAAGGGAUAACUUUGCUCAAAUGAGCUGUGCUUAGAUUCGUAGUGGCGCUUCACGUUGCCACUUUUAAUUAGUGCCACGCUUUCGGAGCAGAUGAGGCACACUGGUUUGGAGCUGCUUGCAGGAAGAAUGAACAAAAAUUUCUCUGUCCAUUCCUCUUUGAAACAACGGUUUUCCGCAUCAACUUUGCGUCUUUUGGAGCAAGCCAUGCUCUCAUCUGUCUCUUCCUCUCUGCUGUGGUGCACUGAGAGCGCAAGGUCAAGGCAGCACCAGCACGCUCGAACGCUCUCCACCCCCACACUAUACACUGCCCGCGUGUCGCCUGCUGGCUGCCACCGUCCACCACCUCGUCACCAUGGUGAAAGGUGCAUGCCACCCAGAUACCCACCACGCCCUUUGGUCAUACCUACCACCCUGCAUAUUAGCUUGACCUUCCUACUGCAGGAAAUUGAGAGUGUUCACGCUCUCACUGGCCUGUUGACACCCGCCAGCGUUGCACGGCGCCCCGCCACCCGCCACACCCUCCCUCCCCGCAGUCACCCGGCCGCAGAUUGGUCACGGGUCCGGACAGAACCAUCGCUCGGUCCGGAUCCGGACCGGGGUCCGCCAUUUGGUGAUGCCUACUGUAGUCGAAAAAAGGCCACAGCAGAAGUCGAAACCCCCUCUAGCAUAGCUCCCGAGGUACUUCGGGCACACAAGCUCCUCGCCAAGACAAUGCGGCUCCCACACCGUGGUGCCUGUUACAAAGUCAUGUUAGGUGGAGGCUCGUUGGUGGUGUUUGCUGUAGUGUUCGUGGAUGGCUCCAUUUUUGAGGUGGCAGACUUCUCCUCUUGGUGUGUGCUGUCCCAUGUUGAGCAGUGCGAGAGGGCUCUUCUUACGUAUGCAUCGAUGGUGGUGCGUAAAUAUCGAAGUGGACACUCGCUUUCUCCAUUUAGGCAUAGUCCUUUGUUGGUGGGUUCCACGUAUACUUUUUGUGCUGAAUUCUUUUUCUUGGGCGGUGACGAGGACAUCCAGGAACGGGAGGCGGCCAUCGGGAUUCUUCAAGGGUGA